AUGUCGUACAAGGUGAAACCGAGAGAUGUGUCACCUUUACUUCAAAAACUGAGAAAUUUCCUGCUUGGAAGGGAACAUACAAAUGCCUUGCGGUUUGGAGAAGGUAUGGCUCCUCGAACACAGCCACCACCUAACCUUCCGGAGGGUCCUGCUCACAUAUUGUCAGAUAAUUACUACCAUUUGCGCGAUGGAAGGAGGGAAGUUAAACCCCCAGCAGUACUGGCUGAUUCAAGACGCAUUGAUAUUACUGCUGGUGGUGGAGAGGCUAUCAGCACUGGUUCUGCUGUUACUGUGGGAAGGUAUCCUCCUACGCCAGGGAAGCACUGGCAGUGGGAUUAA